GGGCGCAGCCGUAGUGGAUAGCAAAUUUCAACACCAUCACUCACAGUCACAAACGCUCUCUCACUCGAGCUCCAGGUCUCCAACGAUGGCGACGUCCGCAGCACCUUCAUCGCUCUCCUUCUUCAACUCCUCAAUCUUCCUCCCCUCCUCCCCCCAGAAACCCCUCUCUUCCCUCGCACCGAACAAUUCUCUCAAAAUCUCUAAACGCCUUUCCGUCUCCGCCGAGCUCGCCACCCUCCCAGUCCUCUCCUUCACCGGCGACAAAGUUGGGGAAACUUUCCUCGACCUCAAGUCCGCGCUCCCCGACACCGCGCGCGCCGUCGUCCACCGCGCCAUCAUCACUGACCUCCAGAACAAGCGCCGCGGCACAGCAUCCACUCUCACCCGCGCGGAGGUCAGCGGAGGAGGGAGAAAACCUUACCCGCAGAAGAAGACGGGUCGGGCCCGCCAGGGGUCGACCCGAACCCCGCUACGACCUGGCGGAGGGGUCGUGUUCGGACCCAAGCCCAGGGAUUGGAGCAUCAAGAUCAAUCGGAAGGAGAAGCGGCUGGCGAUUUCGACGGCGGUGGCGAGUGCCGCGGAGAACACGAUCGUGGUGGAGGAUUUCAGCGACGAGUUCGAGAAGCUUGAGAAGCCAAAGACGACGGAGUUUAUAGCGGCGAUGAAGAGGUGGGGUUUGGACCCGAAGGAGAAGACGACGUUUCUGGUGACGGAGGUGGCGAACAAUGUGAGGCUUUCGAGCAGAAAUAUUGGGACUUUGAAGAUGCUGACGCCGAGGACUUUGAAUUUGUUUGAUAUUUUGAAUGCGGAUAAGUUGAUCAUGACGCCGGAGAUUGUGGAUUAUCUGAAUGCAAGGUACGGGGUUGAUUACGACGGCGAGACGGAGGACGAGGAGGAGGAAGAAGAAGAAGAAGGAGGAGUUGAAGUUGAAGGGACGGCUGCAGAUGAGAGUUCUGAUGCAGCCGAGUGACGAGACGGAUAAACAGCUGUUUUUGUUAACACAUUUUCGGCCCCCAGAUUAACCUAUGAGGAGGUUUCAUCUCAGUUCAUCCCUAACAGUGUGAUCAACUAUCCAUGCCUUGUUAGGAUUGCAACCGAGUCAUGUUGCAGGCUGGUUUCGAAACACUGUCCAUCAUUUUUGUGUUUGUCGUAAAACUCGCAAAUGAAAUCCAAUACAAAUGUGUCUAUUUGGUUUA